AUGAUUUUGGCUCACAGAAGGGUGCUGGCUGUGGAGAUGGCGCCCGGAGGAGACGAGGCGGAGGCUCCGGCCCUGGUGCAGCUCAUCGAUGAGCACGGGACGUACUCGACUGCACGCCUGCGGCUCCGAGGGCCGGGGGGCGGGGGGGCGCUGGCGCGGCCCAGGCAGUUCUGCUGCGCGGCCUGCGGGAGGGCCUUCAAGCGCGCGUGGGAGCUGCUGAGCCACGAGGUGGUGCACACGGCGGCACGGCCCUUUAGCUGCGGCCUGUGUGCGGCCGCCUUCAAACGCCACUCGGACCGCAAGAGCCACCGGCUGGUGCACAGCGACGAGCGGCCGCAUGGUUGCGAGGCCUGCGGCAAGCGCUUCAAGCGAGCCAGCAACCGGCAGGAGCACUGCCGCCUCCACAUGGGCGAGCGCCCCUUCCCCUGCCUGUCCUGCCCGAAGCGCUUCAAGACCCCCUACGAGCUGCACCGCCACGAGCCUCUGCACGCCCCUUCGCGGCCCUUCCCCUGCCGGGGCUGCAGCAAGGUCUUCGCGGCCGGGCCGGCCCUGCUUCUGCACCGGCGGCAGCACUGCGAGGACAAGCCGCACGCCUGCAGGGUGUGCAGCAAGCGCUUCACCCACCGCCACAGGCUGCGGGCACACGAGCGCGUGCCAAUGGGCGAUCGGCCCUUCGUCUGCCCGCUGUGCACCAAGGCCUUCAGGCAGUCCAACGCGCUGGUCUCUUACCUCCGCGUGCAUUCGGGCGAGCGGCCCUACCCCUGCGACGGCUGCAGCAAAGCCUUCUCCAGGCCUUCGCUGCUCCUGCAGCAUUGCCGUGUGCACAGCCCCGUGCGCCCUCACACCUGCCGCUUCUGCCCUAAGCACUUCAAGGACCUGAACUACCGCGCCAUCCACGAGAAGGUGCACACGGGAGACACACCCUACAGGUGCAGCCUCUGCGGCAAGGGCUUCGCGCGUCCCAGCAACCUGCCGUAA